AUGAAUACAUCUACCAAGAAUGCUUUACCAGCUGGUACUACUACUACAACAACUACUACUUCAUCAAAAUAUAAUUUUCUACCGAAGUUUAAUCAUCAGCAAUCAAAUACUAAUAAUAACCAGCAAUAUAACAAUAUAAACACAACACAACAGCAACAGCAGCAACAGCAGCAGCAACAGCAGCAACAACAAACUCAUCAUCACCAUCAUCAAACUAGAGUGUUUUCAAACGAUGUAAUUGAUUCAUUGGCAAACAGUCUAUCAUUCAACCGAACUGUCAGUUCAUCAUCAUCAAUAUUGAGUACUCCUAGUAAUAACAUACGAAAGUAUCAGCGGCAGCAACAACAACUAGACCAACAACAACUGCUGCACCAUCACCAUCACCAUCAUCAUGAUAACACUCAUAACCAAACCCAGUCGCAUCUGAAGCGAGAUAUACACCCCCAGGAUGACAAUAAACAGAAAGGUGUUGAAAAGAGUAGUCGAAUAUCAAGAAAUGGACAAAUAAUUAAAAACAAGCUUUUGAACCUACAUCAAUCACACAAGCUGCUACAACCAAGUCCCAAUUCCAAUGUACAACACCUGAAAGCCCACUCACCUACACAAACACAGCAAUUACCCCGUAAAAUUACUCAUAAUGCUGAGUAUUAUACGCGGAAAGUAAUAUUUGGUAAUAGUGCUUCAGAUAGUGAGGAUGAUGAAGAAGAAGAAGAUGGAAACGAAGAAGAAGAGAAACUGUGUCCAAUACGAUCAAUUCCUGGUUAUACAAGGGGAGAGUUACAAUUGUUGUUAAAACAAUCGACUCAAUUGAGUGAAGAAGAUGAAAAAAAGCUACUACUAGAGUACAAGAGGAACUUAAUGUCGAGGCAAGAAAGAUACUUUAUGAAGUCCCAUUCCCUAGCUAUUCGUCGACAAGUUCAAGUAUCACAAAAGAAAGAUGUGUUGGCGAAAAUAUUUGGUGAUAACAAUAUGCUUAUUAGUGAUUAUAUGACCAACAAUACUGAUUAUUCCUCCUUGGACCAUUCUUUUGAUAUUCAUAAAGUAUUGAAUGAAGAUGAUGAAGAAAUUACUAGUUUAUUGCAAGAAGAUACAUGGUUUCAUGCAUCAAUGGAAGAAUUUAAAACUUUAGUGGAAAAGAAGAAACAACUGUAUGUGUUAACUGAUGAUGAUAGUGGUGAACAUAAUUUUAAAAUUGCAGUAUCGGAUUUGGUUAACAAGUUUGAUUAUGAUGUGAGCUGUGGUUUAGAUGAUGAAGCGGUAAUUGAUCGUAGCCGGGAAUUAUAUGAAUUGGGUAUGUCUCAUUUAAAAGCAGUCUGUAAACAAGAUCGAGAGGAAAGUGAUAUACAGUAUUAG